AAACAACACGAUUUGUUGAAAGUAUCAACGUGGCCACGAUCGAACAAUUUUCACUCCCAUGACUAUUAUUUUUGCAUUACAUUUCUUGGUUAGGAGUUAAGGUGUCAUGUUGUUUCUACCAGCGGAUCCUCGAAGGUGUUCAGAACAUGUUAACCAGCGGUGGAGCUCGCGAUUGGUAGCCAUUCUUAAACAUGAACAGCACGGCAAGUGCUUACGACCCGGACGAAGAAGAGGACUCCUCCGAUAAUAACUCCUUUGGCCGUGGGGUAUUUCCUACAGGCUUCGCCAUAUCAUCGCCACCAUUACAAAAACUUCGGCUUGAGUCAAGCACAGAAUUGAGCAGCCCUUCAAGACCUUCAAGACCCCAGUCCAGCGGUUCGGCAACCGUGCAUUCUAAAUCAUGGAGAAACGGUUCGCGAACUGAUAGGAGGCUUCCUUCUGACAGCUAUGUCGAGCUCUUUAAUGACUUUGUACACAGCGCAGUUGAUAGGGGGGUGGAUGCAAGUGGAUCUGGCUUUGCAACUUCACAGCUCGGGAUUAUUACUUGGAGCUCUAAAGAGAAAGAGAUGUUAUUCAACGCCCUUGAAAGGAAGGGCAAAGAUAGGAUUCCAGAAAUAGCUUCGCUUCUUGGAUCAAAAUCUGAGAUGGAGAUACGGGAUUACCUCGCCGCUCUACAUCGUGGACUUGAGAGUCAGCAACUUAAAACCCGUUAUGGCAAACCGCUUAUUCUCUCCGACGUGCCCGCGGCCUCAGAGAUUAGCGAGGAAUGCUGUCAGGCUUUAGAAGACAAUGCGCUGGCAUUAUCUCGACAGGACGAGCAGACCAAAAAUACAAUGGGCAGGCGGAAAUAUGGAGACAUGUGGCUUGUUGAUCGCCACGUUGCGGCGAUGGUUGAGAAUGAGCUAGAUGCUGAGCGGGGUCGCUCAGACGAUGGUGGAAAUGAAGCUCCAGACAACUCACAUCCACCACCAAGUAUAAUAGCUACUUCGCAACUGCUGAAUGCCGGCAACUGGGUUCUGCUUUCGGAGCGGAUAUUCAUGAAUGCCGGCCAAAAUAGAAUCGAGGAUAAUUGGUACCACCUCAGUGUUGAUGGUGAAACACCGUCCCUGACCUGCGAGGCAUUUUCCGACUUUUAUGCCUUAGCAGUCAGCCUCACGCGCCGCUUAGUACAUUCCUCUAUAUUUUUUGCUAUGUCCCGUUUACGCUCGCUGCAGCGCGGUGGAUAUGAGCGCGCAAAGCUAAUAAGAAGGGAAGAUGUAGGAGCAGCGGUGGACAUCCUGAGAAUGAGUCACAAUUCUCGACAGUUUUGGAUAGGUGCUCCACGACGUCAUAAUCUGGACGUUGCGGACAUACGACAUCGCAAGGGCUGCAAACCUCUUCCGCUCACAUACAACGAAGUUGAGGAGGAACUAUCGCUAGAAGGCACCAGAUCAAGGACCUCCCGUGCUAGCAGCGUUGCGCUAUCUGUGGCUGUAUCUGAAAACCAAUCAGAAGCCGAAGAGUCGCCUGGCAACGAUUCUGUCUCAGGGGUAUCGGACCCUUCUACACCAAGCAAAACCACAUCCGACGACGACGAAGAUGAGUCACACUUGGACCCCGAAGAAAUACACGCUGCAUCCAUGGACCAGAAAUCCAGCCGCAUUGAAGAGCUCCGCCUUUGGAAACUACUGAACCAAUCCCCGCCACGAUCCCUCUUGCCUGAACACGAGGACUCAGACAUAGAAAUGGGAGGCGACGAUAAAAUCGCGGUGGUCAGGCUGUCAGGCACUCAAAAAUCGAAACAGGAUUUGAUAGACUGGCGAGAUCGUGUUUUGUAUCGCAGUGAAUGGGAAGAAUUCGGGCCAGAUACCAUCUUCGUUGAGGAGGAAUUAUCCGAAAAUCGUAGAAAGAAGCGGAGGCUUGAAUAGUGUACGGGGUAAUCAUAGCCUGAUCUAACUGGUUUAGAGCAGUCUAUAUUAUAUAACCGGGAAAGGGGUACACCAUUAAUGGCAAUAAUCUAUGUAUAUAUAGCACGGAAUAUAUGUGUACAGCACAUUACCAUUACAGCUAAUAUGUCACAGCGCCUCUUAAUUCAUUGAGCCUGAAAAUGCUACUCGAAAGGGGACGAAAAACCGUGGUUAUUCAACCAGAAAUCUAUUCAUCCCAAAUCAACGACUCUGUAGGAGAUAAAUGGCAAACAUAGAAGAGAACUCAAACCAGCCAGUCACAUUUAUUUUCUACCACUACUGUACAAGAGUAAAGCAAUUGCAUUUUAAAAGGCAGACACAACAAGGAAUAACAAGGAACCCUGUGAUGAAAGUUGAGACCCCGGGGGGGAUUGAAAAUAACCCUGAUCCGCCAUUAAGAUCGAAAAUAAUAGGGAAAAAACUAGAAUUCGCGAAUGAAAUUUCGAUUGUUAGAUCGGAUCGUACACAUGUUGGGUGAGGAAAUGGAGAAAAGGAGAAGGGGCAAAAAAUUCCAAUUACCUCAAACCUUUUAACCGAAAAUAAGUUAACUCACUGAGACGCGAAAAGUGA